AUGAAUGGUCUGCCGAUUCCGAAACGCCCCCAGAAAGGACCGGCAAGCACAAGAUCCAUCAUGGAGGAAUCAAAAUCCUUUGAGAUACUCCCUACUCCAGAAGAUGUUGUGUUGCAACGCGAUCCCCAGUUUGAGGUGACAUGGGAAGAUGGAGAUCCCGAAAACCCGCGGAAUUGGUCCGUUUGGUAUAGAAGUUUUAUUGUGGCGGCGAUGUCUUUUUCGACAACGAUAGUGGUAAUUUAUACGACAAUGUACACCUCAGGCAUCGCAGGUAUUCAACAGACUUUCGACAUUUCAUCCGAUAUUGUUGUUCUUCUCGGCUUGACGACAAACCUCUUUGGUCUUGCUAUCGGCUCUGUGAUACUUUCCUCUUUGUCAGAGAUAUAUGGUCGCCGACUAAUAUAUCUCAUCUCUGUCACACUAUUUGCCCUGAUGAUCCUACCCGUGGCUCUGGCGAAGAACAUCGAAGCCGUUCUGAUCAGCAGGUUUUUUGGUGGCUUCUUUGGUGGUGCUUGGAUUGCAAGUGCCCCUGGUAGUGUUACUGAUGUCACUGAUGACAAGUAUCGUGCUUUGGCUAUAAGUUGUUGGAGUCUUGGAACGAUGAACGGGCCUGUUCUUGGUCCUAUCAUUGGGGGCUUUGUCUAUCAGUACCUCGGAUGGCGCUGGAUAAACUGGCUCGUCUUGAUCUGUUCCGGGGUAUCUUUUGUUUUGAUGUUCUUAGUUAAAGAAACAUAUGCUCCAGCCCUUCUUCGACAAAGAACAAGACGAAUUCAGAAGGAAACGGAUGACGAACGAUGGUGGUGCCUAUACGAUCAUGAGGAAACGGGGUUUCAAAUCGUCAAAACAAACAUGAUUCGACCUUUGAGGAUGGCUGUCCUCGAGCCAAUCUGUGUCUUCUGGAAUCUCUACGUCGGAGUAGUGUACGCAGUCCUGUUUCUAUGCUUCGUUGCGUAUCCGAUCGUUUUCGAAGAGCUUCGAAGCUGGUCUCCAGGGUUAGCCGGGCUAAGCUAUUGUGGAAUAGGAACAGGCACCGCAAUCGCGGUAAGUCUGGAACCAUUGAUUAGACGGAUCAUUUCCAUGCAUCCCAAGAAUCCUGUUACUGGUCGACCAGCCCCCGAAGCUGCGGUCUUUGCUGUCUGUGUGGGUAGUGUAUUAAUCCCCAUCGGCGAAUUUUGGUUUGCAUGGACUGCUCGGCCACCCGUUCACUGGAUCUGCCCAAUAUUGGCAGGGCUUCCUUUUGGACUGGGCAAUGGCUUGGUAUUCAUCUAUGCCACCAACUACCUAGCGGGAAGUUAUACCGUUUAUGCCGCCUCGUCUCUUGCUGGGAAUUCGAUCGUGCGAUACGGUCUCGCGGGAGUCCUUCCUCUAGCAGGAAAUAGAAUGUACCAUGCGAUGGGGGCUGAGUGGGCUGGAACCAUGCUUGCGCUGAUUGAGGUUGUUCUCAUUCCAAUUCCCUUUAUAUUCUACAAAUAUGGCGAUCGGAUUCGAAUGCGGAGCCCUAUGAUUGUGAAGGGUAUUUGA